AUUAUGCAUAAAUUCAACAUGAAUUCAUUAUAUUAUUAUAUAAAUUGUUUCCGUACAUUGUCAGUGGUAUUAAUGAAACAUAAUCCCAAUUAUAUGCUCAUGACUGCAUUUGUACAUUACAUAGUUCUUAAAUUAAAAAUAAUUAUUAAUACAACAAUUAAUUGGAGCAUUUUACCCGCUAAUGUUUUUCAUGACUUUCUAAAACAAGUUUACGAUAACGAAAAUUAUUAUAUAGAUUGUAACUCUUGUUUAUUAGCAAAUAUAGACAAUUUCAAAAUAUUGGUACCUACUUGGUUUUAUGUUUGCUCCAAAGUCAGUUUAAAAAAAUAUAAGACGCUAGUUAUACCUUUAAAGAAUAUUUAUGCAAACAAAAUAUUUGUAUCCGAAGUAAUGAAAUAUAACAUAGAGAAUACAUUAAAUUGUAAUGUUGAACAAUGUUUUUUAUUACCAAUAAAACAGAGCGUUAUUAACUUUGCCGAAGAAGCAAAAGUUUCUAUGAUUUCGAAUCCACACGAAAUUACAGAUGAUUUGAUAAAUAUUCUACUAGAAAAUUAUUUUUCUGAACCUAGAUUUUUAAGAAAAAAUGACAUAUUUAGUAUUGAUGUAAAAGGACACGUGUUAGAUCAAAUGUAUUUGCAUAUUAACUCUUUAACGUCUGUUGUACAUUUUAAAGUUAAUACCAUUAUAAUUAAUCGUACGGAGUGUACAACUAGUUGUUAUAUUUUGCGCGGAGAAACAACACUUGUUCAAGAACCUAAUGUACAUAGUUAUCUACCUCGAAAACAUUCCUAUUAUGAUCAACUCAAAGAGACAUUAAUUGAAUUGUAUCCAUCGAGCAUCGCCGUGCCCUUGGAACACUUAGAACGUUGCAUCUUGCCAUUCAUUAAAUAUGAAAUUCAGUUAUCCAUAAAACCAGUAUUUCUUGUUAAAGGUUCACACGGUUCAAACAAAUGUAAAUUAGUUCGAAUAGUAGCUGAAAAAAUGGGUUUAAAUUUUGUUAACGCAGAUUUUGCAGAAGUUCAAGCUUUAACAUCGGCACAAACGGAGGCUAAACUACGUAUCGUGUUGCAUAAUGCAGUGCAAUCAGUACCGUGUAUACUUUGUCUAAAUAAUAUAGAGGUCUUUGGAAAAAAUGCAGAAGGUCAGAAAGACGAAAGAAUUAUAUCAACAUUUUUGGCUGAAUUAAAUUUAUUAUACGACAAAUGUCUAAAGUAUCCAGUUAUUAUAGUAGCUACUACAAACGAGUCCGAUAUAUCGGCAGAAUUGUACAGAAUCUUUAUCGAAACUAUUCAUAUGGAACACCUCGAUCAAAAUCAAAGAACAGAUUUAAUUUCGUGGCUGCUCGCUAAACGAGAUCUCGAUCAUCAAGUAAAUUUGUACAAAGUAGCUGGUAUAUGCUCAGACUUCAGGUUCUUAGAUUUGUUAGCGCUAAUAUUGCACGCAGUAAAAUAUUAUUGCAAGGACAGUAGCAGAAAUUUGAAAUCGGUUAUACUUUUGCAAGAAAAUUUUGAUAAAGCUUAUGAGUACAUGCAAUUAAUAUAUACCGACAGUAAAGAUGCACCACGUGUGCCAAAAGUUUACUGGGAAGAUAUCGGCGGUUUAGCUUCUUUAAAACACGAAAUAAUGCGUAGAAUUCAGUUACCUCUAAUGAAUACCCUAGAAUUUGGUCAGUCUGGACUACUUUUAUAUGGACCACCUGGUACUGGAAAAACUCUACUUGCCAAAGCUGUAGCUACAGAAUAUCAGCUUCACUUUUUAUCCGUCAAAGGCCCAGAAGUGUUAAACAUGUACGUUGGGCAAAGUGAGAAAAAUGUUAGGCAAGUGUUCGAGAAAGCAAGAGCGGCAGUUCCGUGUAUAAUAUUUUUUGACGAACUGGACUCUUUGGCCCCUAAUCGUGGACGCAGCGGUGAUAGCGGUGGUGUAAUGGACCGUGUCGUAUCUCAGUUACUAGCUGAAAUGGAUGGACUUGAUUUCUCCAACAACAUAUUUAUCAUAGGAGCCACGAAUAGACCGGAUCUCAUAGAUCCAGCUCUUUUGAGGCCUGGCAGAUUCGAUAAAUUGUUAUAUGUAGGAAUUCAUUCUGAUCGUGAGUCGCAAAUUAACGUGUUGAAAGCGCUGACUCGUAAAUUCAAGUUUCGCGAGAAUGGAACAGAAUUAAAAAAAUUAAUAGAUCAGUUACCUAAUCGGACAACUGGUGCCGAUUUGUAUUCCGUUUGCUCAAACGCGUGGUUAAACGCUGCGCGCAGAGUUCUCGGUAAACGUGUCGUUAAUCAAAAUACUGUAACAAACCAAUCUAUGUUUAACGAGACAAAGUUAAACGAAGCUAUUACCGUCGAAUUAGGAGAUUUAUCGAAGGCUGCAUGCGAGUUGGUUCCUUCCGUUAACAAAGAGGAAGCAGAGAGAUACGAAAGAAUGCAGUUAGAUUUAUCGUCGAUGUCGUAACAGUUCUAACUACUUUGAUCGCAAAGCAUCAGGUACAAACAAUGUUCAGUCUUAUAAACGAAAUGUUAUUUUAUUUGGGGAAAUAUGUAAAACAAUUUUUACAAGUAAUGAUUAAAUCGAAGGGGAUAAAUCUAAAUUCUAUCCUAGAUAUUGCACCGAAUGGCUACUCUUACAUGCUAAAUGUGCGACGAAGAACGUAGCGGUACCGCAAUUUUUUCUCGAUAUCGGGGCCUUUAAACAGUUCUUAUCGGACGAUGAUAAUUUACGAUAUAAUUACAUUGAUCGAAGUAUACAAUGUAGAAAAAUGAGAUAGUCAUAUUUAUUUACCGAAUUCCUAAAUUGAAUCUAUGGAAUUUUAUCGUAAAGACUGAGAGGUUUCUCUUUCCGUGGACAUCCCGUAAGUUCAAAUGAUAAAUUGUAUUCCUUUAAAGCUUAAAGGAUGAUCAGUUUCUCCGUUUCUUUUUCGUUCCGCGAGACAAGGCCAUUUACAAAUUUCAUGUUAUCGCAAACCGCGAUACUCGCAAAUAUACAUGUAUAAGGGAUCCAUAGUAACGAAUUGUUGCUGUUUUCAUAUCCUUUUUUUUUUUAACAAUCGGCACUCUAUAACGCACUUCGUUCGGUACAGAACAACGAACACGAUGUUCCUUUGAGUAUAGUCGCGAGGUAGAAUCAAUUCGGAUACAAUUCAUGGCAACGAAACUUACUAUGUAUUGUAUAUAUAUAAAAAGGAAAAGUAUUUCAUAUGCGCAUAUUUACGUUUUUACACGAGUCAACGUCAUAUGAAAAUUGUUGCGAUAAAAGCCGUUGAAUUAAAGGUUAUUUGGGAUUGCCAUUAAACGUGCAUAAAGAUUUUCUUAACAAGAAAAACUUUACAAUUGUACGAACUGUAAUCGCAGAAAUAAUUUUAAAAAUAAACAAUUGUAUGAUUGUGUCCUGCGAAUAUAUAUAUUGUGUAUAUAUAUAUAUAUAUAUACACGAUUUAGUUCAAGUCAUUGGUUCUGAUGAUACUCGGUUUCGUUUUCCAUGUAUCGUUACGAUAUAAAUGUACUCAAAGAUUGUUUAAAACAUAAAUAUCACAUUUGAUAAAUACGCUAAUCAGUCGCUAUAUGCGAUCGUGAAAGAAAUUCCGUGCAACGAUUCGGUUUUACGAAACAUGAAUUUUACAAGAGUGUCAAAAGGUUGAAAUAUUUCGUAAAAAUCUGACGAAUAUUUUAUUUUUUAGAGAAGAAAUUAAGAGCAACAAGAAUACAGUAGUGCCUACCUAACUGUCGCGAUAUUCUUUUCACGUCUCCUAAAAAUCGCUCAGUAACUAUAAGUAAAUGAUAUUUGGAAAGAGUUCAGCUACUCGCGUAACUAUUACAGAGUGUGGAAGAUUCACGACAAUUAGGAAGGUUUCGUGCAACUUUGUCUCUCUUAGUUACGAAGAAGUGUAAGAGAAUUAAUUUGUCUCACUGCGCGUCUUAUUUUAACCACGUUCUUUAUCUGCAAAGAUCCGAAAACUAGGAAGGAUUUUAAGAAAAGCCUAUAAUUUAGGAACAGAUUAAGACCGUGGACCUACGGAGAGUCUAGAGCCGGAGCAGUUUAGAGUAUAGAUAGCAUCUAGGGAUGGCUUAAAGUCUAAGGAGUGUAAAAUCCAAGAAACAGCUAACAGAAGUUUUCAUCUUCGCAUACAUAGAACGUAGAUAAAUAAUUUAAGCGGUGAAAUACUUUUUCCUCGCACUUCCUACUAACUAUGAGAAAUGUACACUGCGUAUGACCGGACUGUACAAUUUAUGGUACCGAUCAAUGUGAUCGUUGUAAACUUAACUAAGCGCAUCUGAGUCCUUUAAAAAUUGUUGAAAACGUAUACAGUUGAUCCUUGAAAAGAGGAUGCUACAUAGAACCGAGUUGUUGAAGGGUCAGUUGCACUUCAUCGUUAUGUUAAGUAUAUCGAAAAACACUGUUGUUCUUUGAGGAUAAUCAAAGAAUUAUCAUGAAAAGCGUGGUACACGAUGUCGUUUGUAUCAAUCGCGGAAAAAGAAGAAAUUUUGUACUCGCUGGCUGCGAACUAUCUCGUCAAGUUCAAUUCUUUAUUUACACUUAACGUAUCUUCUCGCAGCUUUUUUCUUUUUUUUUUUUUUUUUUUUUUUGUUUAUUUAGCAGUCUUGUUUUGUUUGUGUGUACGUGUGUGUGUGUGUGUGUAUAUGCUUGAAUGCAUGUAUAUACCAAGCAUGGGCACGCGAACUACGAAAAACCACUUAAAAACGAGCAGGAUACACCAAAGAUCCUGUGAAAAUUCGAAAAAUGGGUAUAAAUCAUCGAAUGACCGGGGAAAAAUGUCGACCGUUAAGGAAGAACUAUUGUACUAUUUUAAAUUCUCUCUUUUCCGAUAGGCAUUGUACAAACUAUAUGUCACGGUAUUUAACAUAGAUGAAAUUUGUGAUUAAGAACUAUGGGGAGGGGGUCUUUAUUCGCUACAUCGAGAUUGUCCAUGUUCUAGUUGCCCAUGCUUAGCGUACAUCCGAGAGUAACGUAGGCUUCAUGUGGCCAAAGGUAAUAACAGAUAAAGAAGCAUCGCACUAUUUGCUUCCCUUGUUGGGAAAACUCGGAAAGAGUCUGAGGAACCUAGAGGCAAAUAUGGCAUGUAGUGGGACACUUCUUUUCGUGUUAACUAAGUUCUGUUUUAAUGAAGGAAAACCUAACUUGUACGUGACCGUAUGUCUAAAAAAAAAAA